AUGACAUCCCAGUCACUUCUCGCCGCCUUGGGACGACCUAUUGAAGAUGCUGGCGAAGAAACUUUCCUUUUGUUCAGCCGAGACAUCCCGAGCAACAACCUGGGCUUUGUAGACCCCAAGGCCGAUUCUUUGGAGAUUGAAAUCGCUGGCCAUGACUACAUUCUACAGCAGUCCCCAGGCCUUCUCCACUCCAAUAGACAGGAAGGAACCACAGGGGCGGUGAUAUGGAAGAUUACGCCGCUUCUAGCCGCCUGGUUGAUGUCGUUGCCUCCAAUACUGAGUGGCGUUCUGCAUGACACUGCAGUCGUGGUCGAGCUUGGUUGUGGCGUCACUGGUUUGCUUGGCCUGGUCCUGUCGAGGCUUGUGCAGUGCUAUGUCCUUACGGAUCAACCUUAUGUGGUGAAGUACCUGAGAGAGAACAUAGCUGCCAACUCGACAUCUGCGAAAGGGAAGAAGAACCACAGGAAGAGACCCAACGAGAAAACAGUGGCUCAGGAAGAAUGCCUCAAGAUUUUACCUUUGGACUGGGAGGCGGACAGCGUUGCGAAUCUCAAGUCAGCCAUCCCACCGGGCGCUGUGAUUGACCUGCUCGUCCUCUGCGACUGUGUUUAUAAUGAGUACCUCAUCUCUCCGUUGGUGCAGACCUGUGUGGAUGCGUGCCGUCUGACAUCCUCGGCAACAAAAUCGACUAUGGUUCUGGUGGCUCAACAGCUUCGCUCUGAUACAGUCUGCGAAUUGUUCUUGGCCGCCUUGAUGCAGGAGUUUAACGUAUGGCGCAUCCCGGACCAAGAGCUUUCGUCCCAGCUACGAUCUGACUCGGGCUAUGUCGUCCAUCUGGCCACCCUGAAAGAUGAGGUCGGGAAAUUGGAAUAG